AUGUCCGCUGUCGAGGGCCUGGAAUGGGCCUCUAAUCGCAUAAACGGUGUCAAACACCGGAGAAACUCGACUAUCCUGAAUCCGCGAUCUUAUCUUACCGAUGAGCUGUGGAGACAGGCGCCUGUUCUCACCGGCAGCACCAAGUUCGAGCCGCUAGAGGAUGCAAGGAAUAUACUCGUUACCGGGGGCGCGGGCUUCAUAGCCUGUUGGUUCGUCCGCCAUUUGACGCUCAAUUACCCUGACCACUACAACGUCAUUUCGUUCGACAAGCUUGACUAUUGCGCGACCCUGAACAACACGCGAAUCCUCGACGGCCGCCCAAACUUUACAUUCGAGCAGGGAGACAUAACAUCGCCCGUAGAGGUGAAGAGGGUGCUCCGAAAGCACAAGAUCGACACGAUCUUCCACUUCGCCGCGCAAUCGCACGUCGACCUCAGCUUUGGCAACUCGUACCAAUUCACGAACACGAACGUAUACGGAACACAUGUGUUGCUAGAGAGAGCAAGAGAGCAUGGAGUUGCACGAUUCAUCCACAUUUCGACGGACGAGGUAUACGGGGAUGUGCCAAUUGGCGCGGCGGACCUCAGCGAGACAAGCCUACUUGCGCCGACGAAUCCGUACUCGGCGAGCAAGGCUGCGGCGGAGAUGAUGGUUAGCGCAUAUCGGAAGAGCUUCAAGCUGCCGCUCAUAACAGUGCGGAGCAACAACGUCUACGGGCCGCAUCAAUUCCCAGAGAAGAUCAUACCCAAGUUCAUCAUGCUUCUGCAGCGCGAGAGCAAAUUGCUCGUUCACGGAGACGGCUCGCCGACACGAAGAUAUCUAUACGCCGGGGAUAUAGUCGAUGCGCUAGACACCAUCUUCCACAAAGGAGUGAUUGGCCAAAUCUACAACAUCGCAUCUAAAGACGAGAUCUCCAAUACCAAAAUCUGCCAAAAGCUCUUGAACAUCUUCGGCCUACCACACGGGUCGCCGGAAGAGCUCGAGAGGUGGAUACAGCACACAGAAGACCGGCCGUUCAACGACCACCGAUACGCCACGGAUGGCUCGAAACUCGCCGCCCUGGGGUGGGAGCCGAAAACAAGCUUCGACGAUGGGCUGCGCAUGACGGUCGACUGGUAUAGAAGGUUCGGCGAGGUGUGGUGGGGCGACAUCAGCCGCGUGCUGACUUCGUUCCCUGUCGUGGAAGGUACUGAGAUAUGGACAAAGGAGGAGCAUGAGGCAUUGCCGUCGGACGAAGAGGCCACGUUUGAGGAGAAUGGGGUGCCAAAUCGCGUAGGCAACGGUUCGAUUUGGACGAAGAAGGCGCUGGACCAUUUGCAGACCUCUAUGGGGACAGCUUGGUCGGACCAUUGAGUGGCGUCGUAGGUAGAGUCAUUUUGGUUUGGCGUGGUUUUGCACAUGGCAUAGAACUCUAAGAUACCCAAAGAAGCAAUUCUAGC